AUGUCUUCCAGAGGGAAAAAACUUGUGUUUAUGGCGUGUAAUAAUACACUAAACCAGAGAAGUAGUAGUGAUGAAAACUCUAUUAGUUAUAAUAGAAUAAUAGGCUCUAACGUGUCCAGGUUUUAUGAAAGGGUUGGGGAACAGCGCGAUGCUACACCGAAAGAUAAAAAUAUAGAAAUUGAAAGAGGGUCUGAGGUGGGAAAUUUAAAUGUAUCAGAACCGUCUGUUGAUCACGUGUCUCAGCAUUCCUUCCAUGAAGACGAUUUAGCCUUAAUUGAAGAUAGUGAUGACUCGAUCCUAGAUCCAGACUUUAAUGAAACAGAUGAUUCAAAUGACGAAAUGGACGAAAAACUCAAAAAACAACUUCUGGAGUGGUACGACGAAAUUCCUAGUGAUGACGAUAAUUACCUUCAUGACGAUGAUGACAAUAAUUUAAAUUUAUCAAGGGAGAAAUUUAAGCAGAGGGAGAGUUUUAGUAAAGACGAUGAUGAUUCUGUUCGGGACCCAAAUUAUGAGUUGAGUGAUUCGGACUCGGAAGCGAACGUAGUGAGGGACGGUCACCUGGAUAUUUUGGAGGCCGAUGCAUUGUCGGAUAUAUCAAAUGAGGCAUUGAGAAAUCACAAUCCGUCAAAUGAAGAUAGUGAUGACGACCGUAGAACCGCAGAAAAAAGAGAAGCUGUGUUAGAGGAACUAGAAAGAUUGGCUGAAGAGAAUGAGGAGAAUGAAGAGGACAAUGAAAUACUGAGCGACCACAAUUCCGAAACAGAGCAAGAAAACUCCGAUUCGGAAGAAGAAGAGUUACCCAUCAGAAACAGUUGGUAUGGGAAAGACAAUACCAAAUAG